AUGUAUGGCCAUAACGUGGGCACACUCAAUGUCUACACUGAGACGAAUGGCGUCCUUGGCUCAGCUCGUUGGUCUCAGUCGGGAUAUACCAAGGAAAGCAAAUGGUAUGAGGCAUCAAUCAGCAUCGAUCCAGGAAGUGAAUUUAAGCUCGUGUUCAUUUCCGAAAAUGCAGUCGGUUCCCAGGGCAACAUUGCAAUCGAUGAUAUAAGUCUUUCUGAUGGAGUAUGUUCAGCUCUACCUCCAAACACGCCUGAUCCGUCCUUCCUGGUGGACUGUGAUUUUGACGAUGCCAUCCACCUGUGUCAUUAUACCAAUAGCAAGAAUGAUGAUGGUGAUUGGUAUCGCGAUUCUGGUAGCAUGAACGGUGUCUCAAUUGGACCAAGGUCAGACCAUACUACCGGGAACUCUUCGGGCUACUACCUCCACACACCUGAUUAUGGUUCUAACAAGCCACACCUAGAAGGGGUGACGGUUGUCGCACCAGCCAGCGGCGCAUGCAUCACAUUUUGGUAUCACAUGUAUGGCUAUAACAUUGGCACACUCAAUGUCUACACCGAGACGAAUGGCGUCCUUGGCUCAGCUCGUUGGUCCCAGUCGGGAUAUACCACGGAAAGCAAGUGGUAUGAAGUAUCAAUCAGCAUCGAUCCAGGAAGUGAAUUUAAGCUCGUUUUCAUUUCUGAAAAUGCAGUCGGUUCCCAGGGCAACGUUGCAAUCGAUGAUAUAAGUCUUUCUGAUGGUGUAUGUUCCGCUCUACCUCCAAACACGCCUGAUCCGUUCUUCCUGGUGGACUGUGAUUUUGACGAUGCCAUCCACCUGUGUCAUUAUACCAAUAGCAAGAAUGAUGAUGGUGAUUGGUAUCGCGAAUCUGGUAGCAUGAACGGUGUCUCAAUUGGACCACGGUCAGACCAUACUACCGGGAACUACAAGUCUAAUAUCUGA